ACGUAGUUCAAGAGGAUUGGCUUUGGGAACACGUUUUCCCUCUUCAAUUCUACGCCUGCCAGCGACACGCUAAAAAUGCCUACAAACGUUUUAUUUUAUGUUUUUUGUUUUUCAGUGCGGGACCCUGAAAUAUCGGCUGUUUAUUUCUCACCUGCUUAGCCCUCAGACUUCCCAAAUAGUGUGAUUUGCCAGCCCAGUGUGCCCGGUGCUCAGGCACGUGGACUUGUGCCGGCACGAUGCGCGUGGUAGUGAUCGGAGCGGGUGUCAUCGGGCUGUCCACCGCCCUCUGCAUCCACGAGCGCUACCGAUCAGUCCUGCCGUCCCUGGACAUGAGGGUCUACGCUGAUCGCUUCACCCCGCUCACCAACACCGACGUGGCGGCCGGCCUCUGUCAGCCCUACCUCUCGGACCCCAGAAACCCACAGGAGGCGGAUUGGAACCAGCAGACCUUCGACUAUCUCCUGAGCCGUGUCCAUUCUCCCAACGCUGCAAACGUGGGCCUGGCCCUAGUCUCAGGCUACAACCUCUUCCAUGAAGCUAUUCCGGAUCCCUCGUGGAAGAACACAGUUCUGGGAUUUCGGACGCUGACUCCCAGGGACCUGGACAUGUUCCCUGAUUACAGCUACGGCUGGUUCAACACAAGCCUGAUUGUGGAAGGGAGGAGGUAUCUACAGUGGCUGACUGAAAGGUUAACUGAGAGGGGAGUGAAAUUCUUCCAGAAGAAGGUGGAGUCUUUUGAGGAGGUAGCAAGAGGAGGUGCCGAUGUAAUUAUCAACUGCACCGGGGUGUGGGCUGGGUCAUUGCAACCGGACCCCCUGCUGCAGCCAGGCCGGGGACAGAUCAUUAAGAUAGAGGAUGCAUCGGGGACAUCUGUUAGAGGAGCCUCGCAGAUUUCAGGCAAUUGGCAUCUUAAAGAAACAAGAAGGACCAAGAAACAUGAUUCCUCCAAACAUUCUCUUUGGUGGUGGUUGUUGUUGUUGUUGUUCCUUAAUACGGCAAAGCAUGGGUAUGGGGAAACACGAGGCACGGAGGGAUUAAGUAAUAUGCACACAAGUUCACACAGGAGUGAGCUGUGGGAUUGGGAUUGGAACCCAGGCAACCUGGUUUCAGAGCCUGUGUGUGUCAACAUCAUCCACGUUGCCUCUCACUGUGUGGAUGCCCCUUGGAUGAAGCACUUCAUUAUCACCCAUGACCCAGAGAAAGGCAUCUACAAGUCCCCGUACAUCAUCCCAGGGAUCCAGGCAGUGACUCUUGGAGGCAUCUUUCAGCUAGGGAACUGGAGCGAGGUAAACAACAUCCAGGACCACAACACCAUCUGGGAAGGCUGCUGCAGACUGGAGCCCACACUGCAGGAUGCAAAAAUUGUUGCUGAGUUGACUGGCCUCCGGCCAGUGCGCCCCCAGAUUCGGCUAGAAAGAGAACAGCUUCGUUUUGCAUCUUCAAACACAGAGGUCAUCCACAACUAUGGCCAUGGAGGCUACGGGCUCACUAUCCACUGGGGCUGUGCCCUGGAGGCAGCCAAGCUCUUUGGGAAAGUUCUGGAAGAAAGGAAGUUGCUCAAGAUGCCGCCACCUCACCUCUGAAAACACCAGUAACCACCACCUCCCCAAGGACUCCCCGCUCCCCUCGGCCAACCAAUCAGUGUAUCCCCCUCUAAGCUGUCUCUUCUCCACUUCAGCCCUGGCUCCUUUCUGCAAGAAGUACCAGAGGAGAGGAAGAUCCCAAGGCCAUUUCUGGAGGCGAGUCCGUUCCUAUCUGGGGCUCCCUUUGAUCACUGGGGUCUCUCCACCCACUCUGGGCCUGACAGUCUGAAGAGCAGUUGGGGGCCAUUAUACUGCGAGUCCUUAGAAGAA